CUGGACUCUCAAAUAACCUAGAAGCACAGAAGAAAAAGAGGGUGGGGUGUUCCUGCUUUAGUCGCCAACUGGAGAAGCAGUACAAGCCUAUAGGAGUCAUGCUGUUAUCAGGUGCGAUCUUGGUUUGGAGGGAAUUUCCAACUCUAGAUAUUAGUCAGACUUCUGUAUUUGAGGAUGGCCUAACAGCUUAAUAAAAACGCCAGUCAGAAACACCUGAAGGCUAAGUAAGGCUUGCAAGUCUCAGACACAGGCUGGCGCAGACAGGUCAGGACUCUGCCCACGCUCUCCCCGCCUCCCAGCUCCUCUUCCCCACCAGCAGGCGAGCUCCCUUCUUCUCAUUGGCCACUGCCCAGCUCUCUCGAGCGCCCACAGGCCCGCUCAGACGCCAGCUUCUAUAAAAAGCGGGCAGUGCAGCCCGAGGGCCAGCGACACAGUUUACCUCUAGCAGCGCUACAGUGGAGCAGCGUGGCUCCAUCCUAUCGGGACCAGGGAUACCUUCCUGGAUUUGGGAGCGCUGGGCCAGCGUGAGUCGGAGAGAACUAUACCAAAUUCAUCAUGAUUGAAGACAAUAAGGAAAACAAAGACCAUUCUUUAGAAAAAGGAAGAGCAACUCUCAUUUUUUCCUUAAAGAAUGAAAUUGGAGGGCUUAUAAAAGCACUGAAAAUCUUCCAGGAGAAGCGUGUGAACCUGUUGCACAUCGAGUCCCGAAAAUCCAAGAGAAGAAACUCGGAAUUUGAGAUUUUUGUUGACUGUGAUAUCAACGGAGAACAAUUGAGUGAUAUUUUUCAUCUGUUGAAGUCUAAUACUAAUGUUCUCUGUGUGAAUCCACCUGAUAAUUUUGCCAUGAAGGAGGAUGGUAUAGAAAUGGUUCCUUGGUUUCCAAAGAAGAUUUCUGACCUGGACCACUGUGCCAACAGAGUUCUGAUGUAUGGAUCUGAACUGGAUGCAGACCAUCCUGGCUUCAAAGAUCAUGUCUACCGUAAAAGGCGGAAGUAUUUUGCAGACUUGGCUAUGAACUAUAAACAUGGCGACCCCAUUCCUAGAGUUGAAUUCACUGAGGAGGAGGUUAAGACCUGGGGAACUGUGUUCCGAGAGCUCAAUAAGCUUUACCCAACCCACGCCUGCAGAGAGUAUCUCCAAAACUUACCUUUGCUUUCUAAGUAUUGCGGAUAUCGGGAAGAUAAUAUCCCACAGUUGGAAGAUGUUUCAAACUUUUUAAAAGAGCGCACAGGUUUUUCCAUCCGUCCUGUGGCUGGUUACUUAUCAUCAAGGGAUUUCUUAUCAGGUUUAGCCUUUCGAGUUUUCCACUGCACACAGUAUGUGAGACACAGUUCAGAUCCCCUGUAUACCCCAGAGCCAGAUACCUGCCAUGAACUUUUAGGUCAUGUCCCCCUCUUGGCUGAACCUAGUUUUGCACAAUUCUCCCAAGAAAUUGGCCUGGCAUCCCUUGGAGCUUCAGAGGAGGCUGUUCAAAAACUGGCAACGUGCUACUUUUUCACUGUGGAGUUUGGUCUGUGUAAACAAGAUGGGCAGCUAAGAGUUUUUGGUGCUGGCUUACUGUCUUCUAUCAGUGAACUCAAACAUGCACUUUCUGGACAUGCCAAAGUGAAGCCCUUUGACCCCAAGAUUACCUGUCAACAGGAAUGUCUCAUCACAACUUUUCAGGAUGUCUACUUCGUAUCUGAAAGCUUUGAAGAUGCAAAGGAGAAGAUGAGAGAAUUUUCCGAAACAAUUAAGCGUCCAUUUGGAGUGAAGUAUAAUCCGUAUACACAAAGUAUUCAGAUCUUGAAAGACACCAAGAGCCUAACCAGCGUCAUGAAUGAGCUGCAGCAUGAUCUCGGUGUUGUCAGUGACGCCCUUGCUAAGGUCAGCCGGCCGCCGAGCAUCUGACAGUUGCCAGUCCUGAUCCUGAGAGCGCAUCUGAGCAUCAAUUCACAAGCCUGGGGGCCAACUCUUGCUUUUCUUAAAGAUUUGGUCAUGGAGGGAUAGCAGCCAAACAAUAUUUUCUACUCCCAUUCCCUAAUGGCCCAUUAGUCUUUGAAAAUUUGUACCUGGUUAUUUUUGUUUUUGGUGACAGUUUUAGUGAAAUAUUAUUCACAUAUCAUACAAUCCAUGACUACCUGUUAUUGUUUUUAUAGAGAAGUUGUUUGACCCAAUAGAUAUAUCUAGUCCCAACCUUCUAUUUUUCCCAAUCCUUCUUGAGUAAAAUGAUUUUAUGAGCAUUUAAAAUACCUUCAUAGGAUUGUCAACAAUAAAAAACAAUACCUUUAUAGGUAUUAUGGAGCUGGUCCAUGUAGUUACCUAAAUCCUCUUAUUUCUAAGCUAUCUUAUGUAUCACUGAAUUUGUGCCAAGCUCAAUCACAUUCAAACCCCUGAUUUUAAUUGGAGACCAGCUGCUAGCAUGCACAACAGUUUAGAGGGCUUUGCACAUGAAGCAUACCCAAUAAAGAGCAAGCUGUCUAGCUUCAAGGGUACAUUCUUGUAGGGAUAGGAGUAGCUAAGUCUGGCAAGGUCAACUAGGGUUUAAUCUUAAGACCAGGCUAAGAAUUUGGGGCUUUUAUUUUGUAGGCACUAGGGAGCCCCUUCCCAAAUGACAAUUCUCUUUAAAACUUUCUUUUCAAUGGCAUUGCAUGACACUGGUUUUAUUUUAGAUGAUCUGUCCUACUCAUGGGGCCAAGGGAACUUGGUGGGGGUGCUACUUGCAAGGCCCAUACUCAGACAUGUAGCCCCAGUAUUGUGACGGAUUGUCCUUGGGUUAGCAGAAGACAGAGUUGGGAAAGGUAAUUCAUAUUUUUACAUUGCUUAUAAAUUUUAAUAGCUGAUUAACUAUUAAAUAUAUUUUUGAUAUUAAAUUGAUCAAGGCUAAUCUAAAAUUAUUUAAAAUAUUCAUUAGCUAGUUUAUAGUUAGUUGUUUGGUUGCAAGGACAUCUAUUAUAAGCAAACCAUGAUAGAUGGCAAAUAACAGCAAACUAUGCAUAGUGUAUCUAUUUUUUAAAGUGUUUUUAUGGAGGGAGAGAGGAAGAGAGAGGGAGAGAAACAUUGAUGUGAGAGAAAAACU